ACCGUUAAGUUUUAUUAUCGUUUUUAAAUUGCGAUUCUGUAGAGAGAUAAAAACGAUGGAUCUAGUUGGAAAAUCUAAGGAAGAUGCUUCGCUUCCUAAAGCUACAAUGACUAAAAUUAUUAAGGAGAUGUUACCAGCAGAUGUUCGCGUUGCUAGAGAUGCUCAGGAUCUUCUCAUCGAGUGCUGUGUCGAGUUUAUAAACCUUAUAUCGUCAGAGUCUAAUGAAGUAUGUAACAAAGAGGAUAAACGAACGAUCGCGCCUGAGCAUGUACUCAAAGCGCUUCAGGUUCUUGGAUUUGGGGAGUACGUUGAAGAAGUCUACUCUGCUUAUGAGCAACAUAAAUACGAAACCAUGCAAGAUUCACAGAGGAGUGUGAAGAUGAACACAGGAGCAGAGAUGACUGAAGAGGAAGCAGCAACGGAACAGCAGAGAAUGUUUGCAGAAGCUCGAGCUAGAAUGAAUGGAGGUGGUGUUUCUGUUCCGCAACCAGAGCAGCAACUAGAUACCCAACAGUCAAAUCUACAAAACUAAUCAAGAAGGGGGAAUACUUCUUUAACAUUUUUUUUUCCGUAGCAUUUCUCUGUAAAGUGCAAAGAUUCGUCUUCUUGGUGUUGAUAAGCUCUUUACAUUUUAACCUUAGAUUUGUGUUUUUUUUUAAAAAUCUAAAAUCGCUUGGGUGAUUGAUUCAGAUGUAAUUAGUAAGCAUUGUCUUGUUUC